AUGAAUGAGUUUCCUUCUUCGAUCGAUAGAGAAGUAGCUUCUUCUCUUCUUCUCCUUUCCUCUGGGCCUUCUUCAAGUGAUAGAUCUGGAUCGGAAGGAAAAACCGUAUCGGUGAGUGAAAGUUAUGGUCAAGGAAGCUUGAGCUUGAGCUUGAGCUUCGUCUCUUCGGAAACUAGAUCGUGCGAGUCUGUUCUCUCCAACAAUGUUUCGUAUCGGAAGAGAUCUGAGUAUGAUUUCAUGAAUUUCAAGAUUGCUAAAAAAAGCCGUACAAAUGUGAUAUGGAGCUCGGUUGAUUCGAAGCCAACAAAUUCAAAGAAUCAUGAGCUUGAUGAUAAUCUCUCUAAAUGCUCCAGUAACUCCAAAGAAGAAUCAUGUUUGUCUACGGGUUCGAGUGAGAUCUCAAGCACAGCAAGCAGAAUCAAAACCAUAAGUCAUGAGAAACCACACAGAGAAUCAAAGAAGAGAGAAAGUCACAGGUCGAGUUCCAUUCGUCGUAGAGCAGUAAAGAUCUUGGAGUUUCUCUCCAAUGGCUACUCUUCUGAAGUCAAAAUCCGUCAAGUGCUUGGUGAUAGUGCAGAUACAAGCAAAGCUCUAAGAAUGCUGUUGAAGAUGGGUAAUGUGAAGAGAUCUGGCGCAGGAGGAAAGCAUGAACCCUUUGUUUACAAGAUUGCGUGA